AGGUGGGUGGACAUGUUAUCUUUUUCCCCCAUCUCUCUCUCUCUCCCUCCAACUGAUGAUGAAACUCCAAAACUAUAAAGAAAAUAAUACUGCACCCAUUGGAACAAAGACCAACUAGCUAACACCUCUUAAGUUCCCCCCCCCCUACAAUUCCCUCUCUCUCUCUACUUUGUUUCCAUCAUAAGAUUCAUACCCAAUUGCUCUCUUUCUCUCUCUAGAGUGCAAAUGUUGGUUUUGAUGCCAGACUGCAAUAUCUGAGAGCAAAACAAGAAGACUGCAAGGAAGGAAGAGAGAAUGUUCAGGCUACACAGGCAGAACAGGCCAUCCAAGUCAGGGGAGAGAGUUGAUUUCAAAUUCUCCAAUUUCCAGGCCAUUCAGGUACCAAAAGGAUGGGACAAGCUCUUUGUUUCCGUUGUCUCUUUAGAAACUGGAAAAAUGAUUGCAAAAUCAAGCAAAGCACCAAUGCGAAAUGGCAAUUGUCAAUGGACAGAGACUUUGUCAGAAUCUAUGUGGAUUCCACAAGAUGAUUCUGUAAAAAAGGCUCUUGAAGAGUGUAAUUUCAAGUUCAUUGUGGCCAUGGGAUCGGCAAGAUCUGGCAUCCUUGGAGAGGCUACUGUCAACAUGGCUAGCUGCUUGAGUUCAAAAGUUUCUGACCCAGUUCUGUUACCCCUAAAGAAAUGCAAUUAUGGAACAAUUUUACAAGUUAAAAUUCACUGUCUAACACCAAGAACAAAACUCAGGGCGGAGGAAUCAAAAGACUCAAGUUCUAGCAUGGAAGACCAGAAUGCUGAUCAUCAAGAUACCGAGGGCAAGUCCAAUGCAUCCGAUGAUUCAGCCAUGAGGAAUGUUGGUUCUCCCUCAAGUCAAGAUUUGGGCUCCACUUCACAUCCAGGAGAACUUCAGAGCAGGGAGACAAGUACCUCAGCAUCUGGUUCACAACACAGCUUUGACUCAGCAGAGGGUUCAAUAGGAAAGGAAAUUUUCUCUUCAAGAAGUGACUUAGAUGGUGAGAAGCACCCAGUUGGGAGACAAGAAUCUAUCAGCUCUCUGAAUGGUUCUUCUCAUGGAAAUUAUCCUGAUGAAGAUCUUUCUCAAUCCAAUCGCUCAUCCUUUAACUCGAGGGUUGUAGGUUCAGGGAAUGAUUCUCAGAAUAUUCAGCAAGAGUCUGCACAAAGUCUUUCAUGUGUUAUUCCAUCAGCAUCUCUAACAAAUGCUGGUUCUUCAAAAAACCUGCUGGAAGCUGCAGAAGAUGCAAUUGAAGAACUGCGUGCAGAAGCCAAAAUGUGGGAGAGAAAUGCACGAAAGCUAAUGCUUGAUUUGGACAUACUGAGAAAUGAAUUCUCUGAUCAGGCAAAAAAGCAAGCAGAGAAAGAUAUGGAGUUAUCAGCAACUUUUGCAGAAUGUGAUACCUUGAAGAUGGAAGUUGGACACCUGAGGCUAAUAUUGGAGGAAACAACAUUGAAGCAAACUGCUAGGGAGGAUUCACCAUCUCAAUAUGAAGGUGCAAUCCAAAUUCAGAAGGAACUGGAAAAUGAGAUAAAAUUUCAGCAAGAAUCCAACACUAAUUUGGCUAUGCAGUUGAAGAGGAGUCAAGAAGCAAAUAUCGAGCUUGUUACUGUUCUCCAAGAACUGGAAGAGACAAUAGAAAAGCAAAGGGUUGAAAUUGAGAAUCUUUCAGCUGUGCAGCUGAAAGUCAGUGAUAUGGAAAAUUCUAUCCAAGAAAAGGAGGAGGAAAACAGGAACUUAUUGCUCCAGCUGCAACAGCUGCAGGAAUCAGAGAAUGAGUUACAAGCCAAUCUGCGAUUGCUUGAAAAAUGUUUGGAAGGAAAAAGCAUUGAAGCAGAGAAUGAUGUUAGUCUGAAGACUUUGAAUAAUCAGACCCUUCUGGAUAUUGAGACAGAAUAUAAAUGUAAAUUAGCUGCCAAAGAACAAGAAAUAGCCAGUUUAGAAGCAAAACUACAGGAAUCUUUUAUAAAUAGAGAACCAGAUUAUGGAGGUAAGGGUGAUCUGAUCAGAGAAAUUGAAGCCUUGAAAGAGAAAUUGCAGGAGCUAGAAAGUGAUUGCAGUGAGCUUACCAAUGAAAACCUGGAGCUUCUGUUCAAGCUUAAGGAUUCCAAGAAGAAUUUAAGACAAAGUUGCAUGUCAUGUGAUUCUUCAUCUGGUGAGUUUCCAGAUAAAUCAUUUGCCAUUUCUGAGUCUGAGGAGAGGGAAUUUAGAUCUGGAAUUCAGGGGAAGAAUUCAGUGGCCAAGAACAAUGAGCUUGCUGUUUUUGAAACAUCAAUGCUGUUCCCUGAUUUAGUUGAACAGCUUCAAAAGGCCUUUUACCAUAUAAAGAAGCCAUGGUAUAAUAUUUCUUCUCAUGUGGAUGACGAAUUGGAAUCUGAUCUUGCUAUGAGCACAGAAACAACUUCUCCCAAAGGGUCGCCUGACUUCAUCUUGAAUUCUUUCAUUGAACUGAACAAAUUAUUGGAAGCAAGGAUUAUUCAGUGUGAAGAAGUUCUUAAACAAGAUGAACUUGAGAUAAAAGAGAGGAAUAAUCAUGUUUCGGAAGCUCAAAAAAAGCUGGAAGAUUCCAUUUUGAAAGAAAACAACCUCCGUCUGUCCAUUCAGGAACUCGAGGAUUUGAACAUGGAUCUGGAAGCCAAACUUACAGCUCUGGAAAAAGAAUUGAAUAAUAAAAGGUCUGAGAUAAAGAAGCUUGAGGAUAAUUUAUUGUUGAAGGAGGAGGAGAUUGGCUUCAUCAGACAUUAUCAGGGAGAAUUAGAAUCCCAAAUUUCUGAUCUUGGAAAAGAAAAAGGCCAGCUGGAGGAGAACAUGGACAUUGUGUUGAGAGAAAGAAACACCACAUCCAAGUGUUUGGAUGAUCUACAAAAUGAACUAAUGGUGCUAAAUAGCUCCUUGGAUUCACAUGUUUCUGCUAACAAGAUCCUUGAAAGGAAAUGUUCUGAUCUGGAAAGCCAAAAACAUGAAUUAGAACUCCACUUAGCAAAUCUGGAAGAAGAAAAAGGGCACUUGUCAGAAUGCAUAUCUGGCUUGGAGGCUCAACUGAGGGAUAUGACAGACGAAAGGGAAGCCUGCCUACUGGAAACAAAUAAAUCUAAAUCUGUAGCUACAAGGCUCCAAGAUGAGAUCAGAAGAUUGGGAACUGAGAUGGAGACAGAAAGGCUCGAACUCAAACAAAAAUUGCAGGAUAUGCAAAAUCAGAUGUCAGAAGCCCAGGGGGAGUAUGAAAAUCUGAAAAUAGAAAAUAAAAAAUUGCAAGUAUCCAUUGCCAGUCUUAUUGAAGAGUACAACACUCUUCGGAAUGCGAAUGGGCUGUUGAGGAAGCAGAAACUGGAGUUGCAGGAGCAGUUUUUGAAAAUGGAAACUGAGUUGAGGGAAUCUCAAAAUAAAUCCUCUGAUUACUCUAAAAGGAUUCAAGCCUUGGAGGAAGAUCUUUCUGCUACUUUAGAAGACUUUGCCUUGAAAGAGAGUGGAUUGACUUUAGAAUUAGAUGCCCUUCUUCAAGAAAACAGGAACCAGAAGGAAAAACUUGUUUCGGGAGAAAGUUUGUUAAAUCAGUUACAUUCGGAGAAGACGGCUGCAGUCGAUGACCUCCAAAGAGAGAUAGAACAUCUCAGCAAGCAAAUUUGUGCAAGUCAUGAUGAAAGAGAGAGAAUAGCUUCUGAAGCUGUAGAAGAAGUAUCCAUAUUGCGUAAUACUAAAGCUAAAUUGGAAAUGGCUCUUCAAGAAUCUGAAUUGAAGAUACAAGAUUUGAUGGUUGAACUUAAAACUCACCAGAAAAACCACGAGUUACGGGUGGCUGACCAUGCAAAACUGUUGAAGAAUUUGGGGAGUUAUAGGUCAAGUGAAGAGAAAUUGAAAACCACUUUGAAUGAUCUUGAACUGAAGCUUACUGUUUCAGAAUAUGAACGGCAACAAUUCAUUGAAGAAACUUCCAAUUUGAAGGUCCAAUUUCAGAAGGUAACAGAUCUUCGAGAUGAAAUUCAGGCCCUAAGAAGUGAGCUUGAUUCAUUAAAAUUUGGAAAAGAAAAACUGGAAGCUUCUCUGCAUUCAGUAUCUGAAGAAUGUGAAGAAUUGAAGGUGGAGAAGGCUGAAUUUCUUCGGCAAAUUUCAUGCUUGCAGACUAUCAUGUCUGAAUUGGAGGAUUGCAAACAUAAAAAAGUUGCUUUAGAAGAAAAACUUGUUCAGGUGGAGGGUGAUCUAUUAGCAAGAGAGGCAUUGUACGCUCAGGAUGCCGAGCUUAAAAAUGAGCUCCGUCAAAUCAAGAGACAAAACAAUCAACUUCAGUCUAAAAUGCAACAACUUGAGGAAGAAAAGGAUGUGUCGCUGCAGAGAACUCAAGCUCUUGAAAAGCAAAUUAAAUUAAUGGAGCAGCAGAAAAAGGAUGGGAUUUGGUCUACAAGUAAAAAGGGUGACAGCGAGUAUCAUUCUCGUGAUGGAAGUCCUCAUGAUAGUGGUGUAGAUCUCAUAGCAAAAGUCCAGUUGCUUGAGAAUGAGCUUGCUGAAGCCAUGGAAGCAAGUAACAAAUAUAAAAUUCAGCUUCAAAGGGUCUCAUCAGAAGGGAGAAACAACAAUGCAACUACUUCAAGGAAAUCAAUAGCCGAAGGUGAAGUAGUAGCGAAAGAAAGAUAUGAACGCACAAAAUCAUCACUAGAGACAGAACUAAGAGAUCUUCGUGAACGCUACCUAGAGAUGAGUCUUAGAUAUGCUGAAGUGGAGGCCCAGCGAGAGGAUCUUGUAAUGAAGCUCAAGGCUGCUAGGAAUGGGAAAAAAUGGUUCUCAUGAAUCUGCAAUCAUCCCAACCCAGUUUUCGCUUAGACUCAGGAAUUUUUUUAAGGAUUAUCCUGAAAAAUUGUCUCUUCAGUCUGCUGUGCCUUGAGAGUAGAGCCCGAAUAGAGAGAAGUAAUCCAAGGUGAUGUUUGAAAGGAUCAUCUUACUUUUAGUAAAGUAGACUCCUUAGCUCGAUUGCUAUGUCAUCUCGAGUAGUAAUGAACAGAAGCUGUGGAAUGUGGAAACUCUCUAUUCUGGAAUUGUAACAGAAUGAUGUGUUUUCUUGUAUAAAAAUCAUAUCCGGAAUGAUGUAUGUCUUGUUUAUAUUCAUUCAACUCGGAGCUAAAAGGGGAUGUAACAGUCAUUUAUAAUUACAAAAAUGUCAUUGCAAAUCAUUUUUAA